CAAAAGCAUCAAAGGCGUCUUGCUCCUAAUCAUCCCUCCUCUCGCAUCCAUUCGAGUAGCCAUCCGAUCACCUUCCUUCCUCGCAUCCACACCUGCCAACAUGGCAAAGGCAAAGGCCAAAGCAAAGGUCAAAUCGGCGCCCUCGUCGCCAGCCAAGACGACCGCCGCCAAGAUGGUUACAAAAGCGACGCCGCUGCGAGUCUCGCCUUCGAUGAUCGAGGCCGACGAGUCUGCUGUCGCCGAUGAAUCCAUUGCCAACACCACACGCAAUGACGACGACGAAGAAAAUGACGGCAUGGCCACGCCGACGGGCAACGACACUCUUCUUGGCCUCGACGACGACGACGACGACGACGAGGAAGCCGGCCCAUCUGCGGCAGCCAGCAACGUAGUUGUAUGCGUCCGUGUUCGCCCUGCUCCAGCUGCGGCAUCUUCCUCAGACGGAGACUCAUGGAAGCUGACCGACUCCACCUCAACCAUCGAAGCCACUCCUGAUCACCCCUCCAUCGCCAAGCGCGGCGGCUCCUCCUCUGCACCGGGCGUAGCCCCGUCAGCCUCUUCCAGCUUCAUCUCUGAGGCUGCGCCCCCAAAGAGCUCAGACAAAGACACGUACAAAUUCACGUUCGACUCGAUCCUUCCUCCCUCCACCUCUUCUCUUGAAUCACUUUACACCGGCCAUAUCUCGCCCGUAGUCAAGGGAGCUGUGCAAGGCUACAAUGGCACGGUCUUCGCCUACGGCCAGACCGGCUCGGGAAAGACGUUCACCAUGUCAGGCGGAGGAGGCGACAAGGGUGUCAUCGGCCGCGCGAUCGAUGAGGUCUUCGAUUGCGUUGGCAAAGAAGCCGACCGCGAAUUCUUGCUCCGCGUAUCGUACCUCGAGAUCUACAAUGAGAGCUUGCGAGACCUUCUCGUCGGGCUGCCCAGCUCGGCUAGUAUGGCGUCGGUAUCCGCCACUACUGCUACCAAUCGCCCUGCAUCCCCCACGAAAGGAGGCUACGCACACCGGGCGGAUGGAGGUACAACGCUGCGCAUUCAGGAGCACCCUUCCUCUGGCCGGGUCACUAUUGCAGGGCUGCGCGAGGAGCUCGUCACCUCGCCCGCGGACAUCCUCUCCCUUCUCGAGCGCGGCCAAGCGGCACGUCAUCAAGCGGCUACGGACUGGAAUGAGCGCUCCUCGCGAAGUCACUGCGUUGCUACAGUCACAAUCGAGAGCCGAAGCAAGGAAGGCGGGGACGGCGUACGGGUCAGUGCGCUCAACCUCAUUGAUCUGGCUGGCAGUGAGCGCGCCGCAACGGAGAAGGAGCGCCGCAAAGAGGGUGCCUUCAUCAACAAAUCACUUCUUACUCUGGGAUCGGUCAUCUCAAAACUCUCAGCCUCCGCCGCCAAUCCAGCCGCGGCGGCGCACAUCCCCUAUCGCGACUCGAAGCUCACGCGUCUUCUCCAGACUUCACUGUCGGGCAAUGCGCGUGUGGCUGUGCUUCUCACCAUGUCACCCCUCGCUCAGCAUGCGGUGGAAGGAUUGAGCACGCUCAAGUUUGGGAGGAGGUGCAAGAUGAUCAAGUUGCACGCCAAGAAGGGAGAGAUUGGCGAGGGAGACGGGGCGAGUGAGGCGUUGCUGAGAAGGUACAAGCGGGAAGUUGAGAAGCUGAGGGCAAGGCUAGAGGAGCCUGCUGCUAUCCCGAGGAGUAGCAGCGGCGGCAGCGACGACUCCUCGCUGCGUGACGUGGAGGCGCGUCGUCGAGCCGCGGAGGAGGAAGUAGUGGACAUGACGAGGCAAAAGUCAGAGCUCCGCGCGCAAAUGGAGCAUCUCACGAAGCUGAUUCUCACCGGCAAAUCCGUGGGCGACAAUGCUGGCAAAACGAUGCCGCCAAGCACGCCACCUCGACCCCGUGGACGUGUUUCCGAAUUCGGCACACCCGGUACCCCCUCACGUCCAAGCUCACCACACAAACGAAUGUGCGCAGCCUCAAAGUUGCAGCGCAGUACGAGCGACUCGCUCGAAGAGGAACCUUCCGUAUCAUCAUCGUCCCGCCCCAAGCCGUUCGCUCUCGAGGCAGAGCUAGCGAGCCUUCGUCGCAACCUUGCACAGGCCCUCGAGUCCAAGGCCCGUUCCGAGGAGGCGCUAGAGAAGGAGGUCGAGGCGUGGCAGGCCCGUGUGGCGGAGGUGAAGACGACGCUUCAGGAGAGGGAGAAGCACUUUGAAGCGGCAGAGUCAGAGAGAAAGGCGGCUGAGGAGAAGCUGCGGGCAGAGGUGGAGCGGUUGGGCCGUGAAGGUCAAGAGGCUGUGGAUGCAGGCAAGGGCAGGGAUGCAGAGAUGGAGGAGCUGCGCACUGAGCUUCGCAUGCUGAAGGAGGAGCUCAGGGAGAGCUCGAAUCGCCUCGCCACAGCCAUAGCCGACUUGAGCACGGAGCGACGUAAGGGCGGCGAAGAGCUUGCGUCUCAACAGGCAAGCCACGAUGCUGAGCUCAAGAAGCUGCAGACUCAGCGGCGCGCCCUGGAAGAGGAUCUGGGCUCGCGUACCACCCGUUUGGCCAGCACAGCCGCGGAGCUGGAGGAGGAGCGCCGCAAGCUUUCAGAGGCGGAACUCAAGCUGUCUAAGCGUCCUGAGUCGGACGAAGAGGUUGUGCAGAACGAGUUUGAUGAGCUGGUGCGCGAGGCGAGGGCAAAAGAGCAGGCCGGGCUCAAGUCGCCCAACAUGGCAGCAGGCAAGAAGCUUUCACCUGAUGGCGAUAGGGAGGGCAGGCUCAAAGAGAGGGAGGAGCGGGCAAAGCAGCGUGAGGCCGAGGCCGAAGCUCGCGCUGAAGAGAUGGACCGGCUACAGCGAGAUCUUGCGAAAAGGGAGAAGCUGAUCAAGGACAGGGAAGCUGCGCCAAUGCCAGCGCCUCCAUCGUGCGACCACGCUGCACGGAUCGCGACGCUGGAGCAGCAGCUACGAGAAGCUCGCGUCACCGUUCCAUCAAGCCCAAGCCGUUUGCGGGAGGCUCUGGCUACGACGCCAACCAAGGCAGCUUCCUCUGUACCCUUCUCUCUGCAACGUGGCGGCUCUCUCCGGGAAUAUCGACGCUACACUCGUCCUGGACUUCCUUCACCACCCUCCUCUUCAGCAAACGCAACUCUUCCCGCCCUCGCCCUCGCCUCGCCUUCCAAUGCCACCUCCUCCACCUCUUCCUCAGCAGCAGCCUCAUCCGAUCCUCUUCUGGAAGCUGCACUGCGCAACGAGCGCGAAGAGGUGGCUCGCCUCAACUCCGUCAUCCAAGCGCAACGCAACAUGAUGGGCGACUUGGAGGCCAGUGUGGCGCAAUGGCAGGCAAAGAUGGGCGAACAACAGGAAAUCAUCAGGAUGCUGAUGGAAGAGAACAACGCGGUCGCCACGGGCAAAGAGCUGCCUACCCCUCCGAUGGGCGAGGCAGAUCUGGAGAACAAGACCCCCGCUCAGCUUGCGAUCAAAUCGAAGGCGACGAGGGGUCUCCGUGGCUCUACCCCACUCCAUAGCAGCAGUGGCCGUGCCUCGAAUGGAGCAACGCCUCCUCGGCACUCGGCUGCCUCCGCGUCCCAACAAGCCCCUGCCUCCCUCCCGCGCAGCGCCGCAAUGAAGAAUGACGACUUCCUCAAGCGACGCAGCGCUUUCCUAGUCGACUCGCCCUCGCAAUCGAAGGAUGCCAAGCCCCGCGCUGGCAGCAUGAUGCCAAUCGGUUCUGCACCGUACUACGGAGCGCACACGUUCAAUCGUCCUCCGGGCAGCUCGAGCUCCAACGCCGGGCUAGGCUUGACUGCCCCUUCUUCCCCCACCAAGGGCUCAGGGCUGUGGGGGAAUGUUCAGCCGGACCCUCUACCCGUGCCCGAAGGCAGCAUGAACACCACGCCGCGCAAGCAGCGCCCCCGUGUCACGAUCGAGCAUGAGCUGGAACGUCUCAAGAGCGGUGCGAGCCCGAGGGUCGAUGAGAGGACUAGGGAGCUUUUGGAGAGCCCGAAGCGCGCUCAUGGGGCGAGUCGUUUUGCCGGUCAGGAGGGGGAGAGGGCGAGUAGGGAUUGGUACAUCUGACCGGGGGCGUCUGCACAAGGACUUUCAACUGAGAUCUCUCUUCGACUUCUGUAUCCAUAGGCGCUGGCGUCGCUUUCUUGACUUGUUUUGCUCUUCUUCACCCACUCGUAUCUGCAAUGCGCGUAGUUGUCAAUGCCUCGCAAUGGAAGCUCUGUGUUCCGA